AUGGAGCCGAAAAGUGAUCUCGAUUUUAUAUUAAGAAAUUUACUAGCGGGAGGUGUGGCUGGUAUGUGUGCCAAGACAACAGUAGCCCCAUUAGACAGAAUUAAGAUUCUCUUACAAGCUCAGUCAGCUCAGUACAAGCACCAUGGUGUGUUUGGUGGCCUCAUGGCUAUAGUGAAACAGGAAUCUUUUCUAGCACUAUAUAAAGGCAAUGGAGCACAAAUGGUCAGAAUAUUCCCUUAUGCAGCGACACAAUUUACCAGCUUUGAAAUCUAUAAAAAGUAUUUAAGCGGGCUUAGUAUACCUAUGGUCCAGCAUGGCGAUAAAUUCCUCGCCGGAGCGGCGGCCGGUGUGACGUCAGUGACUCUCACCUACCCUCUGGAUACGAUUCGAGCACGCCUCGCCUUCCAAAUCACUGGGGAACACCGAUAUACGGGAAUCGCUCAUGCCGCCUCCACGAUGUUUAAAACGGAGGGCGGUAUACGUGCGCUAUACCGCGGCUUCGUCCCCACCUUGGUGGGCAUGGUACCGUACGCUGGGUUCAGCUUCUACUGCUUUGAAUCGCUCAAGUACCUCUGCAUGAAGUACGUACCGACCACGCUAUGCCGGAAGUGCGACAGGAACACAGGUGGUCUAGUGCUCUCAGUGCCGGGUAAGUUAUUAUGCGGCGGUCUAGCGGGCGCGGUGGCGCAGUCCGUUUCCUAUCCCCUGGAUGUAACCCGACGACGCAUGCAGCUGGCGGCCAUGGACCCCGCAACCAAACAUUUUGGUAUUGGCAUGUUCAAAACGCUGGCGCAUAUCUACAGUGAAAAUGGCAUCGUAAAAGGAUUAUACCGCGGCAUGAGUGUCAACUACAUACGCGCGAUCCCGAUGGUAGCCACCUCGUUCUCCACCUACGAGCUGAUGAAGCAGCUUCUCAAUCUCGACACGGGCAUGAAAGUCUCAUAA